CAUUCAUCCUAUUGUAGCCGCUCAGUGGAUCAGAUCAAAGUCUGGGAACAAGGCAAUCCAGCACCAACAACUCGACAUGAAUAGAAACGUCAUUCACAGAGCUCGCCUGAGUCGAUGGCCAAAGGCCUGGUACCACAGAGGCUGCCGAAGCAUCGCAACCCAGGUCACGGUUCCUCUCGUCAUCAAUGGCAAGGACGUGGAGACUUCGCAGUCCUUUCCAGUCGUUAGCCCUCUGACAGGAAAGCAGAUCUGGUCUUUGUCCUGCGCCACUGCACAAGACGUCGCGAAUGCUGUGCAGAAUGCCCAUGAGACAUUUCCAAAGUGGUCCAAGACCAAGGCAUCCGCUCGUCGCGACAUCUUCCUCGCCGCUGCUGAUGUCAUGGAUAAGCGACGAUCGGAGCUAGGCGAAUACAUGCACCAUGAGAUUGGAGCGAACCCAAGCUACCAGGAUUUCAUCCUGGGGCUUGCAAUCGACGGUCUGAAGGACACAGCUGGCAGGAUAGCUGGCGCUGUCCAAGGAACUGCUCCCGAGUCGAACCACGAAGCAAUGAAGGCGAUCGUUUACAAGAAACCCUACGGAGUUAACCUGGGGAUUGCACCAUGGAACGCGCCGUAUCACCUGGGACUGCGAUCGAUCUCCUUUGCACUGGCAACUGGAAACACAGCCAUCUUGAAAGGAGCAGAAUUCUCACCACGGUGCUACUGGAGCAUCGCUGAUAUCUUUCGAGAGGCUGGACUGCCUGAUGGCUGCCUCAACCUGAUCUUCCACUCUCCUGAAAAUGCGCCGACUACAAUCAACAGCCUUGUUUCGCACCGUCAUGUGAAGAAGAUAAACUUUACGGGGAGCACCAAGGUUGGCAGUAUCAUCUCUGAAACUGCGGGCAAGCAUCUGAAGCCCGUACUUAUGGAGCUUGGAGGAAAGGCAAGUGCCAUUGUUCUCGAAGAUGCUGACCUCGACCAGGCUGCGCUUCAUUGUGCGAAGGGGGCAUUUAUGAACGCUGGUCAAAUCUGCAUGUCCACAGAACGUAUCCUCGUCCAAGACUCUAUAGCGGCUGAGUUUCAGGGCGUCCUCAGUAAGACAAUCAAACGGUUAUUCGGAUCUGCAAACGACACUCCGAUCAUUGUCACUGCGGCAUCAGCCGAGCGUAACCGGCGUCUCGUUUUGGAUGCCGUUUCCAAAGGCGCGAAGAAGAUGCAAAUCUUCGAUGAGAGCCAUCAUGACGAUGUCGGGACUAGAAUGAGACCAGUUGUUCUAACUAAUGUCGACAAGACCAUGGAUCUCUAUGAAAACGAAUCUUUCGGCCCCAGCGUCUCUCUGUUCACGUUCAAGACGAUUGAAGAGGCAGUGGCGUUAGCCAACGACACAGACUACGGCUUAUCUGCUGCUGUCUUCACUCGAGACUUGGCCGCAGGGUUCCGUCUUGCAGAAGGCUUGGAGUCUGGAGCAGUACAUAUCAACUCGAUGACCGUGCAUGAUGAAUAUCCUCUGCCUCACGGCGGUGUCAAGAAGAGUGGCUUUGGCCGUUUCAAUGGUUAUCAGGGGUUGGAUGAGUUCCUGUACUGUAAGACUGUCACUUGGAUGCAGGAGGCCUAGUUUAGACUCUAGAGCUUUCCGAC